AUGCACAGCAAGGUUGUUAUCAUUGGCUCCGGCCCUGCAGCACAUACAGCAGCUGUGUACCUAUCGAGAGCCGAAUUGAAGCCUGUGCUCUACGAAGGCUUCCUUGCAAAUGGCAUUGCAGCAGGUGGACAAUUGACAACUACUACGGACGUUGAAAACUAUCCUGGCUUCCCAGAUGGCAUUGGUGGGGCUGAAUUGAUGGAUGCCAUGCGCAAACAAUCUGAACGAUUCGGCACCCAGAUCAUCACCGAAACCGUUGCCAAAGUAGACCUCUCGAAACGACCUUUCAAAUACUGGGCCGAAUACGAAGAAGACAAAGAACCCCAUACCGCGGACGCGAUCAUCAUCGCAACAGGAGCCUCAGCUCGACGAUUGGGUCUCCCAGGAGAGGAAAAAUACUGGCAGAAUGGAAUCUCCGCCUGUGCAGUCUGUGAUGGUGCUGUUCCGAUUUUCAGAAAUAAGCCCCUGGUGGUGAUUGGUGGUGGGGACUCGGCCGCUGAAGAAGCUAUGUUCUUGACGAAAUACGGAUCGCAUGUCAUUGUUCUGGUUAGAAGAGAUGUGUUGAGGGCUUCGAAGACCAUGGCGAAACGAUUGCUGGCGAACAAGAAGGUCACUGUGAAAUUCAACACUGUUGGUCACGAAGUCAAGGGCAACGAGAAGGGAUUGAUGAGCCAUAUGGUUGUUAAAGAUGUGAAGACUGGGAAGCUGGAGACCCUGGAAGCGAACGGGCUGUUCUAUGCCGUUGGCCAUGAUCCUGCGACGGCGCUGUUCAAGACCCAAAUUGACACCGAUGAGGAGGGAUAUAUUGUGACAAAACCGGGAACGAGUUAUACCAACAUUGAGGGAGUGUUUGCUGCAGGUGAUGUGCAGGAUAAGCGAUACAGACAGGCUAUUACCAGUGCCGGUUCAGGAUGCAUAGCAGCUCUCGAAGCAGAGAAAUUCCUCGCUGAGCAAGAUGCCGAAGUCGAAAACGAUCUCGACCAAGAGAAGAACGCUGCAAAAGGCAAUAACGUUGUCGUACCGGAGUACAGAUCCAAUCCUCUUUUGUAG